CAUAGCAUGCGGCAGAAGUGUUUGUCGGAGGCCAAUUUACGGACGAUUGAGACGCGCACACUCAGCGCUUCCAAUCUGGCUGCUCUGAGACAUAAGGACCUGUCGCUGAAGCCGGCGAUGUCGUCCAAGGCGUACAACAACCCAAAUUCACUAUCGGCGGUGGCCAAGGCGAGUUUCGAGGCUAAAGCGCGGAAGUACUUCUACCAACUGACUACGGGUUGCCAGCGCCUGGGCUGUCGCAACAAAUUCUGCGCCAGUUGCGAGUCGUCCCUGCAGCUCACCCCUGAUCUGGCCACCAUCAUGGCCAUACAGUUAGCCUCGCGCACACGCACCUGCUUCUGUAAACCCAUUGCCGAGUGCGAAG